AUGACAGAAGAAGUACCAUAUCAGCCGAUACAUUCUACAAAUUCUGCAUGUAAACCUGAAGAAAUUCAGUCCCCUAUUGAAAAACUAGCUACAGAAUCAACACAAUUGUUGUCAUCGUCGCCAAUCCGUCAGAAUCGUCGAGUGUUUGCUCCACUCAAUACACCAUUGUAUCGUCGUCGACAAACAUUGACAAUUCUCAUUUGGUGGCUCUUGCCGUGGAUUUGUCUCUACAUAUCAUUGCUCUGCCUUCGUUCGAGUAAUUCUUAUAUAUUUUAUGGCAUGAUAGCUUAUAUAAUAUGGAUGGCUUUAUUUCGACAAUUUACGCGACGAGGUGGCCUUAGACAACAAUGGUUUCGUCGACUUCCGUGGUGGAAAUGGUUUGCUGGGUAUUUUCCAAUUCAACUACACAAAACUUGCGAUUUACCACCUGACCGCUCGUACAUAUUCGGUUGCCAUCCACAUGGCAUCAUUUCAUUAGGUGCUUUUGGUAAUUUUUCCACUGAAGCUACUGGCUUUGAAAAUAAAUUUCCCGGUAUCAAUCUUCGUUUGCUCACGUUGAGUUCAAAUUUUCGUUUUCCGUUCUACGAUCUCUAUCUAUCGAUGUUGGGUCUAUGUGAUUCAUCGAAAGAAUCAUGCAAUUAUAUUCUAAAGCAAGGCAAUGGCAAUUCUUUGAUGUUAGUUUUGGGUGGUGCCAAAGAAGCACUUGAUGCUCGACCCUCGGAUGAACACAUUUUGACCCUUAAAAAUCGUAAAGGUUUCGUUAAAAUUGGUCUAAUCCAUGGUGCAAGUCUUGUACCUGUAUUUUCAUUCGGGGAAAAUGAUCUUUAUGAACAAGUGUCUAAUCCACGUGGUUCAAAAAUUCGACGAUGGCAAAAUUAUUUACAAAAAAAAAUGGGCUACUCUUUGCCGUUAUUUAAUGGACGUGGUGUGUUUCAAUAUGCAAUCGGAUUUUUACCUAAUCGACGUCCGAUUGAUACGUAUGUUGGUGAGCCGAUUGAUUUGCCAAAAUUAGAACACGAUAAAAUAACACCUGAUAUUGUCGAUCAAUAUCAUAAGCUAUACAUGGAAGCAUUAACACGUCUAUUCGAUACACACAAGGCGAAGCAUGGUCAAGCCAAUGCAACAAUCAUAUAUGCUGAUGAUGAUGCAAAAUAA